AUGCCGACAAAUACAAAGUUUUGUUCAAAAUGGUUGCAAAACUCAGAUAAUACUGGUAGAGUGAAUUCUCGAUGGCUUAAACAAGGUAAAACUUCUAGUUCAUUUCAAUGUAUCGUAUGCAAUUCAGGUAAUUUUAGUUGUACUAAUGGAGGAUGGGCUAAUUUAAAGAGGCAUUUUAAUCGACCAAAACAUAUUAAAUGUAUGAAAGAUGUGUUUGAUUUUACUUUACUUACAACAUCAAAUAAUCAAUCAUUACUUUUAUCGAAAAAUAAGAAUGAUAAUAGUACAUGUGUAGGUACAGGAUCUAUUGAUAGAAAUACAACGAGAAUACCUUUUGUUAUUGUUGAGAUAGAACAACGAGCAUUAACACAUGAUGAUAAUUUAGUGAGUGCAACGAAAAUGUUGAAAGAAGGAAGUACAAGACUUGUCACGGUCGUAAAUAGUAAAGAUUUAAUUGAUGUUAGUACAGCUAGAUUACUUGUAACUGCUGCUAAUGCUAAAUUAUAUAUUUUGAAAGCUCAAUUACUUGAGAAUAGUGAAAAUUUAAACCGAUUGAGAAAAAACAGAAAAAUGAAUAAUGAAUAA